AACCGACGUCCCUGCUUUGGCUCUUUCUGCUUCCCUCGUUCUCGUCGUCCGAAUUUCCCUCGUCAGUCUGUCAGACGCUUGAAUUCUUUUCAUUUACAAUGGGUGGUCAUCUGGAUCCUAAGAACGGAGUUUACAUCGGCACAUGGGGAGAUCUUGGCUGCCCCACCCCACAGAAGAUCACGACCUACUCCCUCUCCGCCAACAGACAGAGGCCUCUCGCCGGUACAUUGAGGGCUGCCUUCUUCAACACUUUCCGCCGAAGCAAGAACCAGGCUCUUUACGUUGUUCCUCCCUUUGUUAUUGCUUACGCUGCCAUGAACUGGGCUAUUGAGAGGAACGAGUACCUUAACUCCAAGCCUGGCCGUGCCGCCGAGGGUGAGUCGGAGUAAAUAUAGGGCAAGAUCCGGAAAGAAACGAAAGUCGAUGUGAGGGAUGGAUGGGACGGGGUUGUUAUUGAUUGCGCUGUACAGUAACUAGAUGGCAAUCCAAGAAGCUUCUUUUUGGCUGAAUUGAUUCAAUCAUCUCUGGAAGGGUUAUUUUCUUUAUAUAGGAUGUAUCGGCAUGUCGGGCCAAUUAACGAACCAUAGUAUAUCCGAAACUCGCCUGUAUUCCGGUUUGGAUUGGGACUCUUUAUGUAUGUAGCAGAAGUGAUUGAUUGCAGCUGUGUUAUCAUGGCUGCAAGAGGAUAGUGUUGAGGCAUGAACAGAACAUGAGAUGAUGCAUGCAUGCAUCGACAUCAUUACAAUGAUUAUGGUCAGAGUUUGAAGACGUCGAUACUGGGACCCCACCCCAAGCCUUUUCUGGCGGGAGAAAAGUGUAAAAAAUAG